GUUUCCACCACCAACGAAUAGGCCGCCAUGGGGCCCAUUACGUGGGCGCAUACAAUAAUUAUAACGUCAAAGAACUUAUUGAACUCAAUCCAAUAUGCCAAGCCCGGCCAAGAAGCGCAAGAGGGAUGUUUCAGUGUCAUCUCCUCAGCGCAAUCGAAGUAUAGCGUCAUUCUUCAAAGGCCAAGCGGCCAAGCGAGCUGAGAAGACGGAGCAGACACCAGCAACGGUGUCUGACGAUACAGACCAAACGCUCUCCGAUGAAGCACUCGCUCGUAGGCUCCAAGAGGAAUGGAAUCAACAAGAUGCUGCCCCAACUUCGGAAACUGGGACUCCAAUCGGUGAGCCUGUUCUGGCGCCGUCGAGCCCCAAAGACGACAAUCUAGAACCGCCGUACAAAGCAAAGAAAAAGCAUACACUAUCAUUACAGUCUUCUGCCGGUACGGAAGACACCAUUUCUCUUGCCGUUCCUUUCGAUCAGAGUCCCUUAACGUUCGACUCGGCGAAACGUGCAGAAGAGUUAAAAAGGCACUGGACCUCCGAGGGUGGCAAUGCGUCAUAUGCUCUCUUGACCCGGGCUUUUGUCCUUGCGAACACCACGACAAGCCGUAUCAAGAUUGUGGAUACAUUAGUCAACUUCCUCCGAGUCCUCAUCGAAGCCGACCCUUCAAGUGUCCUCCCCGCGGUAUGGCUAGCAACAAACUCAAUCUGUCCACCAUAUGACGAGUUAGAGCUAGGACUUGGCGGAUCCUCUAUCUCAAAAGCUUUGAAGAAGAUAUAUGGCCUUAAUAGCCAAGGACUCAAGUCGCUUUAUGACAGGCAUGGAGACGCCGGUGAUGUGGCGUUUGAAGCUAAGAAGAGACAGAGUUUCACAUUAAUGAAACCCAAGCCAUUAACAAUUAAAGGAGUGUAUCAAUCGCUACAAAAGAUUGCUAUGAGCAAAGGCACUGGGAGCCAGGAAACAAAACAGAGGAUUGUCGAGAAACUGUUACAAGAUACUAGAGGUGCGGAAGAGAGUCGGUAUAUCGUGAGGACACUCGUCCAGAACCUCCGAAUAGGAGCCGUCAAGACCACCAUGCUUGUUGCACUCGCGCGCGCUUUUCUGUACUCUAAACCGAAUGGCGCCAGCUUUACUGUCCGUUCCCAACAAGAACUGGCUCGUCUCAAAAAGGAAGAUCUGACCGAGGCCUACAGCAAUGCGGAAGAGAUUGUCAAGGCCUCAUAUGCUAGACACCCAGACUAUAAUGAUCUAGUUCCCUGUUUGCUCGAGAUAGGGGUCACAGAAGAACUCCUCGUACGAUGCGGUCUGCAGCUACACAUACCAUUGAGACCGAUGUUAGGCAGUAUCACUCGAGACCUUUCAGAAAUGCUGACGAAGCUGCAAGGGCGGGAUUUCGCCUGCGAAUAUAAAUACGACGGACAGCGUGCCCAAGUACACUGUGAUGGAAAAGGUAAAGUAUCCAUAUUCUCUCGUCAUCUGGAAAAUAUGACGGAGAAAUACCCAGAUCUUGUGUCUCUAGUCCCUCAGAUCAGGGGUGAAAGCGUGUCGAGUUUCAUCCUAGAAGGGGAAGUGGUCGCAGUGGACCAGGAAACUGGAGAACUCCAAACCUUUCAAGUCCUAACUAAUCGAGCUAAAAAGAACGUCGAUAUAGGGACUAUCAAGAUCAACGUUUGCCUGUUUGCAUUCGACUUGAUGUACCUGAAUGGGACCCCGCUGUUGGAUCGAUCUUUCCGCGAACGUAGAGAGCUUCUGCGAAGCCUAUUCGUGGAAAUCCCCAACCGGUUCACGUCGGUCAAGAGCUUCGAUGCCACAUCUACCGAUUCCGAAGCUGUCCUGGAGUUUUUCAGGAGUGCAACUGAUACCAAGUGCGAAGGUAUCAUGGUCAAAGUGCUCGACAAUGAGUUGAAGCCAAGUCUUCCAGAACCCUCGGAGACCACGACCAACAACACCAACGGCAUAGACAAAUCGGAUCCAAAACCGACGAAAGGAAAUCGCCGAAAGGCAUUACUCUCCACAUAUGAACCCGACAAGAGGCUCGAAUCCUGGCUUAAGGUCAAAAAGGACUACAGCACUUCCUCUGAGACCAUCGACCUAAUUCCCGUUGGAGGCUGGCACGGAAACGGCCGGAAAGCCAAGUGGUGGUCACCCAUUCUGUUAGCUGUGCGCAACCCGGAGACUGGUGGUCUCGAAGCCGUCACGAAAUGCAUGUCCGGCUUCACGGAUAAAUUUUACCAAGCUAACAAAGAUAAAUACACCGAGGGUAGCCCUAACGUCAUCUCACGGCCCAGCUAUGUGGAAUACUACGGCGAGCCAGAUGUCUGGUUCGAGCCGCAGGAAGUAUGGGAAAUGGCGUUCGCAGAUAUUACGCUCAGCCCGACUUACACAGCUGCCAUCGGGCUGGUGAGUGAUGAGCGAGGCCUCAGCCUUCGGUUUCCCCGGUUCCUUCGAGUCCGGGAGGACAAAUCCAUUGACGAGGCUACCACGUCAGAUUAUCUAGCCUUGCUCUGGAGAAAACAAUCCGAGCGAUCUCAGAAAGAGGAAUCAGAACGUCCUGCCCCAGAAGCGGAGUUAGAUUGGCAGGAGGAAUGAGAGCUGGCGCGUAUGCUUCAGUUCGGCGAUAUUGGCAAACUAUUUGGCAUGUUACAUAAUCACCCUUUAUUAGCAUAGCAGUCCGCUUUUAAUAUAAGUACACAGCGGCAACAAAACUUACGCACUUUACCCAUCGUACAUCACAUGGGGGUGAA